UGGUGUUUAAAGAGCAUACAGACCCCAGAGGGAAUCGCACCAAAUACUUUGGCAUACUUGGAAGGAAAAACAGGAAGGAUUGAAGUUAAGAGAGCAUCUUGCAUGUUGGUCUUUUCUGGGAUUCGUUCUGCGCUCUGUUACAAGACUCUGAAAAUCCUAAGGAAAAAGGAAGAAAUGUGGUUUCUUAGAGUCCUGCUGCUGGCUUGGUUUCCAGGUGUGCUGCAUGCUCAGACAGCUGCUGGCUCUUGUGCUCGGCCCGAUCUGACAGGCGGGUUUCUGGUUUCCGACCAGCAAAGUUAUCCUCAUGAAAGCAAUGUCGCGUAUGCCUGCAAUGAUGGACUCAAAUCUGCUUUGGACGGCUGGUGGGGAACAUCCACGUGUAAAGAUGGCAAAUGGUUUCCAGACAUUUUCUGUAUUGAUGAAAGGUCCUGUGUUCCACCUGAAAUCCCUCAUGUGAAAUAUUCGACCACUACUGGCUGGUUUAAAGAAAAUUACAAACUUCGAGUUGAAUGUGACCAAGGAUAUCAACUUAAAAACCCAAGGCCAAAUUACCUUCCUCAAUGCAUCAAAGGGUCUUGGGAUUUAACCCCCGUCUGUGAGAAGAGAGCAGAUGCAUGUGACCAGCCUCCACAAAUUGCUAAUGCAACCAUCAUUCACGAAGCGACCCAGAAGGUGUUUGCUUCAGGUUUCCAGCUGGGGUAUAUAUGCAAAGAAGGACACAGCAUAGAAGAAGGAAGCUCAAAAGGUCUCAUCACCUGCGAGAGCGGGGAGUGGACGAUGGCGCCCCCAUGCAGUAGAGUCACUCCUGCCUGUGUGAUGAAGAAGGGUAGAUACACCUACAUUGAACUACUUGAAGAUGAAGAUUUCAAGGAAGGAGAGAUAAAAUCAUUUGACUGCGGUUAUGAAAACUAUGAAGUGAGGGCUCGCUGCUACAAUUCAGAAAUACGUCUGACUCAGUGUUGUUAUAAGACCAUUGUUGGAACAAGAGACUGCCAUUUUACCCAAAGAAGCUAACACCAGCCGUGGUUCUGAUUUAUCAACAGAGCAAAAAAAUAAAGUUUUAGUCACACAAAAACAUGAGUGAUGUUUAAUUUUCUUGUUGUACUUUCAUUUGAUUGUUUUCAAAUUGUGUGACCAAUAAGCAGAACUUGAAUAAAAAUGUUCCCCUUUGGA